CACGUUGUUUGAACGAUGAUGAAGUGAUUGAGUGUAAGCUAGUCGCGCAAUGCGUGCAAAGCUGUCGGAAGUGUUUGGAUCUAACUUUUUUCUGCCUGUACAAAGAGUCAUCUCUAUUCCAUAGACAGUUAAUCAAAGCAUUUGUCUUUCGUAUUUCACGGAAUUUAUGUGACUGUUUUAGCUUAAACAAGGCUAUUUUUGUGUUUUAAGUGGACAUACAACUACACAGCCACUUUUGCCAGUAGGAGCUUUUGCCGCUAAACGUCCACAAAGAAGCCUAGGGACUUUCAGUUUUCUGCUUAAUGAGCUGAGAACUGAACCACUUGGAGCCCAGGAAUAACAAGAUCAGGUAUUCUUCUAUUACUCUUGGAUGCUCAUCUAAAGUCAUAAACGCCGUAUUUCGAAGAGAUCGUUCAACGUGUAGAACAAACUUGCGAUCGAAAUGUGAUUGUUGUAGACAUCUUUGCACAGGGCUUUGCAUCUCAUCAAUAGUUAAUGAGCUCCGCUAUUUUUAGACCUAAGAUGGCGACGAAACAUGUAAAAACUGAGCAACUGAGUCCUGUCAAAAAGAGGUUUGUAAGUCCUAUAAACCAAAGAAGGCAACCAAGAAAUCAAGGGAUCUCAACGAAAUUUCGCGCUAACUUGAAAGACUUUCAUAAAUAUCAACAGUCUAAAAAGGGAGAUCUGGGAAAUAAGAAAAAAAUACAGAAGGAUCGCUCAAUUAGUUAUCACCUAGGAGGUAACUCUCACGACCCUCUUAAUUUAAACAGUCUUAUAAAUCGUGACCCAGACUUUAACACACCGCAGGCUUCACCACUUGCUUUACAUGAGGACUCCCCAAUCCAGCUAUACCUGCCGAAGGAUUGCACAGACCCAUUGAACUUGAAAUGUUUUCCAUCUCAAGAUGGAAAGGAAGGAGUAAUCACUCCUAAAAAGAAGAAGAAAAAGAAGAAGAACAAAAAUGCUGGUAAUGAUAAUGAUCAUAACAUUAAACCAGAAAGCCCAGACGCUUGCAGCAAGGAUGAGACAACUGAAACAAAGAAGAAAAAAAGUCACAGAAGAAAGAAAUCUAAAAAAAGAAAAUCAAAGGGGGGUGAUGAUGUAAAGAAAGUGUUUCCAGAGGUUGCUGAGGCAGAUACAAGGCAUGAUUCAGAUAGUAGAACUGUAUUAAAAGUCAAGGAGGAAGUUUGUGUUGAAAAAAGUGGUGUUCAAGUUGAAAAUGUACAGUCAGUUUGCAGUGAAGGGCCUCCCGAGAAGAAAAGGAGGAUUGUUGAAGAUAAAACAUCAAAUAGUUCUCAAUCAGCAGAUAUGCAGUCAAAACAGCCAGGGAGAAGGACGCCAAAAUCAAAUUUUUCCAUGAGCAAACAAAAACAAAAAGUUUUUAUUCAUGGGAACUACAAUCGUUACUAUGGUUACAGGAAUAAUAACCAGUCUGAGGAUAUAAGAUUAAAAAGCUUUAAAAAGGAAUGGUUCCAGGGUAAAGAUGUGCUGGAUAUUGGUUGCAAUACUGGUAUUGUUACACUUGCCAUUGCUAAGAAUUAUGAGCCACGAGUCAUUGUCGGGAGUGAUAUUGACAACAGUCUUAUUAGAAUUGCUAAGAGCAAUAUAAGGAACUAUGUAGAAAAGCCGAUUUCUUCCACGACGAUAGCUAGUACCCAGUUUCCCAUCUCGUUUAUGCUGACGAGUGGUCCUCUUGCUGCCCCUGUCUUAUCGUCCAAUGAUCUGAGUACUUGCAGUUUCCCCAAAAAUGUUGUCUUCAAACAGGAAAACUAUGUCCCUCCACAUGAGACAGCUCUAUCCUACCAGAAAGCAAUGUACGAUACCAUACUUUGUCUCAGUGUCACGAAGUGGGUACACUUGAAUAAUGGGGACCAAGGUCUAAAGCUCAUGUUCAAGAAAAUGUUCAAGAACCUGCGGCCAGGAGGGAAACUGAUUCUAGAGCCACAACCAAUGUCAUCUUAUAAAAGAAGAAAAAAUCUGACAGAGAAAAUCAGGGCUAAUUAUGAUAGUAUCAAGUUCAAGCCUGAGCAGUUUUUGGACUACCUUCUGUCAGAUGAGGUUGGCUUUGCAGCAUUUGAAGUGCUGAACCCACAAGACCAAACACAGACAGGAUUCAAACGACCCUUGUACCUUUUCACUAAAGCUGUGCAACCUGUCAACCCCACUUCCAAGUAGAGCAAGAUUUAACAAGAUUAUGGGACUGUGCAUCUCAUGUGAAAAAUGGAUUGGUGUUUCAGGUAGAAACACCAUCCAUAUGCCAAUGUGCCACCAUCGAUAUGGUGCUUGAGUAAACCUUUUAGAAUGUUAGUAGAGAUUUAGGGCUAGGUUUGUAUAGUACACCAUCUGUCUUUUUUGGUCUGUUGUGCUCUGUCAUGUUAAGUGUAUUUUUCACAAGAUGGAGGCAUCCUUGUGAUCAGGUGCAUCAUACUGGAAUAGCCCUUUGUGUUAUAAUUCAGAAAUCGUUAUAUAGUAACAAUAUGGUAAAUACUACAAAACUAUUAUUCAAUUUAUUGCAAAAUAUGCUUCAAAGCUAAUGUUACAUAGAUAUUAUCUUAUGGAUUUUGCUGUUAAAAACAGAGUAUUUUAAAUUUCUGGCCUUUUCUUGUGAACCUCCCUGUAAGUGGCCUCUCUGCUCUGUCUUGAGGGUGGCAGCACUGUUGUUCAAUUUUUCUAAUCCAGAACAAGGUGUUUUUUUUUUUUCAAUAUACUGUCCCUGAUUGUAGCAUUCAUAGAAGCCAUACUUUAGUUUAAAGAGUGUUAUUUUUAUGGCUACUGUAAGUAAUAAAUGCAUGUACAGAAAA